AUAAUAGGUAGUUUUGUGUUGAAGAAUAAAUGUUGGAUCUUAAAUAUUUAAAAAUCUAAAAAAAGAAGAUAGAAAUGUUUGGUGAGGUUGACUAUUGUCUUUUAAGACACUAACUUGUGUUGUCACUAUCUGAAAAGAAAUGUGGAAGGGCAAAGAUAAUUCAGGUUGAGAGUUAAAUUAAGGCAUAAAGCAGGAUUUUGAAGCGAUGCCAUGCAUUUUAAUUUUGUUUUUGGUUUAAUUGGGUCUCCUGUAUCCUCCGAAUGGAGUGGAUGAUUUGAAGAAAUCUUGAUAAUCAAGGAAAUAAUUCUGUAUGCUGAAUGUCCAGCUGCACUUAUCUAGACCAGACAGCUCACGGUCACCGCUGCAGGAAUCCGGAUGCAGGCCAAGUACAGCAGCACGAGGGACAUGCUGGACGCUGAUGGGGACACCACGAUGAGCCUGCAUUCUCGAGCCUCUACUGCAACCCAGCGGCCAGAGCCUGGCCACACAGAGCCCCGGCGUCCCUCUUCCGCUUGGCGUCCAGUGGCCCUGAUCCUGCUGACUCUGUGUUUGGUGCUGCUGAUUAGCCUGGCAGCUCUGGGGCUUGUGUUUUUUCAGUUCUACCAGCUCUCCAACACUCAGCAAGAAAACAUUUCUCAAAAGGAAGAAAGGCUGGGGAAUCUCUCCCGACAGCUUCAAUCUCUCCAGACUCAGAAAAGGAAGCUUGCAGAGACUCUGCAUCACGUGGCUGAAAAACUCUGCCGUGAGCUCUAUAACAAAACAGGAGAGCACAGAUGCAGCCCUUGCCCAGAAAAAUGGAAGUGGCAUGGGGACAAAUGCUACAAGUUCUAUGAAGAAAGCAAGAGUUGGCAGGGUUGUGAAUAUUUCUGCAUUGCUGAGAACUCGACCAUGCUGAAGAUUAAUACACGGGAAGUACUGGAGUUUGCCAUGCCUCAGAGCUACUCUGAGUUUUUCUACUCUUAUUGGACAGGGCUAUCCCGCAACGGCAACGGGAAGGCCUGGCUGUGGAUGGACGGAGCCCCUUACUCCCAUGAACUGUUUGAGAUUAUAAUAGAUUUCACCAGCCUAAGAAGUAGGGACUGUGUGACCAUCCUCGAUGGAAAGGCUUUCUCCAAGGACUGCAGGGAGUUGAGGCGAUGCGCAUGUGAAAGAGCUGCGGCCACGGUGAAGCUGCAGAGGCUCCGUGAGCCUCUCUGAGCCGGACAUGGAGGCCAAUGGUUCUCCAGCUACAACUGCAACGGCAGGCUCCCUUCAGAGAAGUGGAAGAUUUCUGCUCUGCAGAACAAAAGUCAAGUUCUUUAUGUGCGCCUGGCCUAGUGCGGUUUCUGUUCCUUUUCCUUCCAUUUAAUCCCUGUUUAUACCUUCCAGGUACUGAAGAUUUGAUAAUAAUAAAUGUAAAUAAUGGAAAGUGUUGGUGGUUUUAGAAAGGACUUGUGCUUUGGGGAAAAAUUCCAACGUACAGAUGCUCUUCAAAAUGUGAGAGCAAUCAGUGUUGUGGUUGUGUGUGCCUUAUUGAGAGUUUGUGGGGACUCUACAAGAGUGCUGAUUAUUUCAUUAUUUGAGAAAAAUAAGAAGUCUUGGAGAGGCAUGCUGUCUGCAAGAGGAUGGUUUUAACAUUUUAAAUUUUAAAUCUUUUGAGGCACGUUUAUAACAUCAAUGUGCGGCUAAAGAUGAGUCAACCGAAUUGUGAUAGGGUGAGUUAUCCAAUCAGGUCAUGGCGAGUGAAAGAGACACUCUGACAUCUGCAUACACAGCUGGCUUCUGUGCAGGUGCCAAUAGCUCAGGACAAUAUGCACGCACAUAACAGAAAUCAUUGCAAAUAACACCAUCACAGCCACUGACUUCAUCGACUUAGAGAUAAAUCAAUUUUAGGGGUUUAACACUAGAAAGGCUAAUCUAUUAUCAUUCCUUGUUUUUCAACAGUGGAAACUAGGAUGCUUCAGUUUUAUUUUCAGUAAACAUCUAUCUCAUGGUGAAAUGACAUUGAAUUAGCAAAUACAUGAUAAAGGGGAGAUGUUGGUAUUUAUUCCUGUAAGACUGUGUCACUUAUCAAUCGUUGCUUGUAGACUUCUUCCUUAAGAAUUUUCCCUUCAAUUUUCUGUUAAUUAGUUAGGAAAUUUCUUCAGCAUUGAACAAAUUUUGCAUCGAUUUAUUGUGUACUGCAAAAAGAACUGCAUUUGUGGCCAUAAAAUGAAGUUUUAGAUCCCGUAUUGUAAUUUAUUAUCUGGCAAAUCCCUUCACUUCACAGAACUUAUUUCAUCAAGUAUAAAGUAGACAUAUUUAGUUUCCUCACGGUGUUCUUGUUGGCUGAAAUGAGGUACAUGUGGAAUUAGUUUCAUAAUCUACAUUGCAGUGUAAAAUGUAAAGGAUAUUAAAAAUAUGUAGAAAAGCAGAGGAGGGAUUUAGUUUUUAAAAGUAGGGAAGCGAAAGCAAGCAUAAACCACCUUCUUCAGAGACCUACAUUCGUGAACAAAUUAUAGAGAGGUCCCUACACUGGGGCCCUGUGGAUGUUACUAAAUAUUUUCUAUGACGGGUGCAGGUAUUUAAUGAACGUGGUUGAUAUAAUAAGCGCAUAAUGAGAGACA